AUGUCUGAUGGCAUGGGCCGAGACAAGGCGAUCGAGCCCAUGUUUGCUCUGGAGGCGCAGGUGGCGCGGCUGAAGGAACAGCUCGUGGCCGAGAAGCAGCACUCGGCUGAGAAGGAUCAGAAGCUGGAGAUGAUGGAGGCAGUCGUCACCAGGCUGCAGAGCCGCAUCGAGCUGCUGGAGGACCAUCUCAAAGAGCAGCAGCGGAAAAACCGGAUCAUGAAAGGAAACGGUGAGGCCGUGCUGGAGCUGCAGCAGCAAUUGGCAGAGGAGCUGGCAAAGCGGAAGCAAGCACAGUACGAGCUUAUCGCCAAGGCCAAAGAGCUUUGUGACGUUCAGCAGUGUGGAGCGGCAGGGCCACAGGUUCUCAAAGGAGGCUGCAAGUGCUACCAAGACAUUGGACAUACAAGGAAGAUGGCGGGAAGCCGCAACUGCAGUGCCCAAGAUCGAACCUCGCACUACGAGGCCAGGAAGGAGCUUCCAAGAGGCACGCAGCAAUCUUGGUCCCCGGAGAUUGUGCGUGCGACUACCAGCCACAGCCCGGCAACCCCGCCGCCGGCUCUGGUGCUGCCGCUCUCUGGGCUUUCCGCGAAGUCGCCUUCUUCGUCGUUCUUUGCCCAGGGCCCUACAUGCUGUACAUGCCCUGCCGGCAGUGCCACACCACAAACGCCGCCCGCACCGACACCGACGGUGCAAAGUGCCAGGAGUGCCAGGACCUCGCCGUCCCUCUCCGGGCUUGCAGCAGGCGAGGGCCUGGGCGAUCGAGUGAAACAGAGGAAAAGUCCGGUGGUUCCGAUGAUCAAUGCCUUCAAUGCCGAGUCCGUGCUGAUCCGGCCACCAGCAGAUGACGAGGGUCCAGGUGCAGUGUCAGCGCCGAAGGUAUCUUGGUACGGGCAUCUGCACGGGCAGCAAGGCCACAACGCCUUCCAAACCACGUCAACUUGGGAGCCUGGAACUCCUGCGCACCUUCAAGACGCUCCUGGAGUUUACCCUUCUUGUCAGUCAGGCCACGCCACGCCCGUGUCGCCGGUGUUCCAGCACGUGCACUUGGACUACCCGCGCAUUCUCACCUCGCGCCACGAAGUCAGGACAGGUGUGGGCUCAGGCUUCGCAACGGCUGCAAAGUCGGCCAGGGUGAUCUCGCCCCCGCUCUCAGCACGCUUGCCUACGGGCCCCCUGGUGCUGCCUGCAGCACAGGUGGUGGUUUGUGAAGGUAUCCAUUUUUGA